CUUACUGAAUUCAAAAGCACAAGCAAACGAAUCUUUCACCAUAUCUAUUUGGUUUUAAUAAAUUAUUUAUGACCAUGUCGGAGCGAAGUAAGCGAUCUGUAAUCCUGCUGAAAGCCCCAACUGCAGAUGAUUUGUAUGGUCCGACGAUGCGUAACCACAACCUGGAUCCGAUUUUCAUAGCUCCCUCGCACUUUGUGUUCAAGAAUUUAAGGAUGCUGCGGGCCAAGCUCAUGGAACCGCACAAAUAUGCUGGGAUUAUCUUUCCCGCACCUCGGUGUGUCCAGGCGGUACACGAAGCGCUAGACAGGAAUCCCCUGCCCAGCUGCUGGCGCUCUUUACACAAUUACUCCCUGGGAAACCGCACCCACAGCUCGGCCUGGUUUACCUUUCAAAAUCUGCCCACUAUGGGUGAUCAUGCCGCCAACGCCCAUAACCUGUGUGAUCUGAUUGUGGAGACAUUCGGACCCAAGAGGGAUCUUCCCCUGUUGAUGCCAUGUGGCAAUGGAGUCGGACAUACGCUCCGGCUGCGAUUGGUGGCUCAGGGCUUUCGGGUCGAUGCCUGCGAGGUUUACGAGAGUCAGUCUCAUCCAGAUUUCGCUGAGCAGAUGCGUCACGCUCUGAAGUACAAGCGCAUGGAGACCAUUGUCUUCUUUGGUCCCUCCAGCGUCCGGUGCUCCCUUCAGUUUUUCGAGAAGUACAAUGUCUCGCUCAAGGAUCGCAAGCUAAUAGCCGUGGGAGCGGGAACCAGAAAGGCCAUGGAGGAUGCGGGCAUGGAGAUGGACGCAGUGGUGGACCCGACCGACCUGGGCCAGCUAAUCAGAGCCAUCAAGACUUAGUUUUGUUUAAUGUUUUUACUUGUUUUUAAUUUGGUAUGCUUUCCAAAUCAGUUAAGUGUAAUUCAAGAGAUUAAAGCUCUGUAACGUUUAUCUGAAA